UCAGAUAAUCCUCAGAGUUACAACGCAGUACUAGCUGUAUUACAGUUGAUAUAUACUAGUGGAUUUGAUAUUAAACUAGAAGCUAGCCGCCAAAUUCUGUCAAUAUUAGUGUCAAAAAACGGUGGUGCGAAAAGUUUCGCCAAACAGUUAGGAUGGCAGGAAGCUCUUUCUAAACUUUUUAUUCUCCGCCCUAUCUCCAUGGAAACAAGUGACCUUGACGUGUUUGACUGUGAUAUAACCAUGGAGAAACAGGCAGACUGUGAUGAAAAUAGAACAAAGGGAGGCGACUCUGAUGAAACCUGUUCAAAGGGAGACGAUUCUGAGCAGAAUGUAGAGAAAAGUCCUUUGUUAAGAGAUUAUGAUUCUCCUCGAGGUAUAAGUGCAAUAUCACCUAACAACAUUGUUAACGGCCAUAACUGUGAUAGUGAAAUUGAUCAAAAGAGUGAUAAGGAAAAUUGUGAUAGUAGUAAGGAAUUAAGUGUUCAAAAACCGUCCCCUCCAAUGCAUCUAAAUUUAAGCCCAGGAGGUGAUGCAACUCGUAAAGAAAGUGUCGAAUUCUUCUCAUCUUCCCUCAACACACCAUCUACCCCUCUCUAUCUAAAAUCUCAACUUUUCGGAGAUCUUGGAGCCUCCGGUCCUGAUGACUAUAUUCAGCCGAUGAGUCGGAGUUCAAGCGCUAGCGCGGAGGAUUUAAGCACCAUCGCUCAAAGAGCCGCAGAACGAAAAUCGCUUGAAAAAGAUGUAAGUUCAUCGUCAAUAUCACAACUCUCUCAAAGUGAAAGUGGGAUAGAUUUAGCGGAAGAGGUGGAAAUGAGGCGGGAUUCCCUGUCAUCAUCUUGGCAUCAGAAUAACACGCACAGGAUGUUGAAUAGUCUAGGACUACGAGGGAGUUUUCUGAUGGAUGUGGUAGAGAAUUCGGAAGAGUUGUGUCAGAAUCUGCUGAUUAUAUUGUAUACAGUAAUGUGGAAGGGUGUAGAAGGCUCCGAUGAAGCUGCAUGGAAGAUCAUUUCGCUCACUGUUUCCCCCCAGAAUAUAAAUUCUAGUUGUGGAAAAAUCAACGGUCACUCAUCACAGUCGUAUAUGGAAAAUGCUAUUGAGCUGGUACGGUUGGUCAGAUACUCCCUCUUUAAGAAUGAAGCCAGCAUGGAUGGACAGAUGUACAGUGAAAUGUUACUGGAGGAUGUAAUGAGUUUAUUGGAUAGUUUAGCAGUGUGGGAUGUACCAAGUGGAGCAGGCUGGCAGGAAAUGGUUCAUCUUGGUUUAAGUGUGAUAGUGGCUUUUGCUCAAAACAACAAGUUAGAGUUAUGUGCCAGUGCUACAGCGAGACUUCACAUGUUGGUACAGACGAAACUGAUUUCUAGUUCUGCUGAGGCGGCUUACCUCAUAGGUCAUCUAAACAUUGUGAUAGUGAAGGCAGUAGAUGAUGAGACGGACAACUACAGUUUCCUGAUACCUGUAAUGAAGGCGUUGAUUGAUAAAUCCUACCAGCUUCUGAAUCUCGAUUUAAAUUUGCCAAACUUACCUUCGACAAUGAUGAGCCCAACUUUCUUCGAUGAUUUCAAAACGUACUGUAAGACAGAGGAGUGGACCACCUUCAUCGAAAAUUAUGUUGAGCCACAGAAGCAGCAUUUUACAGAGAACGUAUUUAUGGACUUGACGAAUAAAAUAGCCGAUUUCUGGUCCAACUGUCAGCAAGAAAUGAUGAUAAACAUGCAUAAACGUAACCGUGAACACGGCGAGAGUAAACUUAAGUUUCAGAGCCAGGUAUUAGAUGUGUACAACAAGAAAGUAAGCAAUGAGGAGAAACGGUUUCAGAAUGUGACAACACAGUUACGUAAUCAGCACGCAGCUGCCCUGAAACAAUGGAGAGCAGCAAAACGAUUCUUUACUGGUGAGAGGGGAGCUUGGGCUGGAAGGGACAGGCCAGGUUUACAUUGGAAGCUAUCAAACCAGGAGAAUUUCUCUCGUAUGAAAGUUAAACUGAUACAGAAUUAUAACUUUGAUUUACACAGAGAGGCCAGUAUGCUGAGAGAUAAUCUGGGUGUUGAAGAUAAUGUUUUCAUGGAUGAAAUCAAGCAACUCAUGGUUGCUAAGGAAGCUCUGGUAUCCAAGGAGAACAUAGGGGAUGAUGGGAUAGGAGAUGAAGAUUGGAAUGUGAUGAAUGCACAAAGUACCAAUGUUGAGGAAUACCAAGACAAAGAAAAGCUUGUGUUGUCUGAAGAAUGUGAACUUGUGACCUUGGUUGAGGUCAUCAAAGGUCGUCUAGAGGUCACAACAACCCAUGUCUAUUUCUUUGACUGCAGUAACACUAGAGAUGAAGGUGGAGAAGAUUUCAAGUGGGGUUUACCUCAGCUGCGUGAAAUACACUUCCGAAGGUACAAUCUCCGGAGAUCAGCCAUUGAGAUGUUCCUCAUUGACCAGACCAAUUAUUUCCUCAACUUUCAGAAAAAGGUCAGAAACAAAGUGUACAGUCGUAUUUUAGGUCUAAGGCCACCAAAUUUGAUCUAUUAUGGGUCACGGUCUCCUGCUGAACUUUUGAAGGCAUCAGGCCUUAGUCAGAAAUGGGUCCAGCGUGAGAUUAGUAAUUUUGAGUACCUGAUGCAGUUGAACACAAUAGCAGGAAGGACUUAUAAUGACUUGAGUCAGUACCCUGUGUUUCCAUGGAUACUGUCAGAUUAUACAUCGGAUACUCUUGAUUUAGACAACGCAUCAGUAUUUCGAGAUUUAUCAAAACCAGUUGGUGCUCUAAACCCUCGUAAUGAGGAGGAAGUGAGAGAAAAGUUUGAUCAUUUUGAGGACCCUACUGGUGUGAUAGAGAAGUUCCACUACGGCACUCACUAUUCUAACUCUGCGACAGUCAUGCAUUACAUGAUCCGGAUGGAACCAUUUACCACAUUACAUAUUUCCCUGCAAAGUGGAAGAUUUGAUGUGGCUGACAGACAGUUUCAUUCAGUACCAGGCACAUGGAAGUCUAUGUACAACAAUCCAAAUGAUGUCAAAGAACUCAUACCAGAAUUCUUCUAUCUACCUGAAUUCCUGGUGAAUCAAAAUGAAUUUGACCUUGGGAAGCUGCAGAUUUCAAGGGAAGUUGUUGAUAAUGUUAUAUUACCAAAGUGGGCAGAGACACCAGAAGAUUUUAUAUACAAACAUAGGAAAGCAUUGGAAUCUGAAUAUGUGUCCAAUAAUCUUCAUAAUUGGAUAGAUCUGAUAUUUGGAUAUAAACAGAAAGGUCCAGCCGCAGUGGAGGCCCUCAAUGUGUUCUACUAUUGUACAUAUGAAGGGGCUGUAGAUCUAGAUGCUGUGAAAGAUGUCAAUGAAAGAAAAGCAUUGGAGGGAAUGAUCAACAACUUUGGGCAGACCCCAUGUCAAUUGUUAAAGGACCCUCAUCCUAAGAGGUUGACCUUUGAUGAGGUCGUUUCCAAGGCAAUGAAGACAGAUAAGCAUCUCAGCAUUUUUCAGUUCCUUGAACAGAUCAAAGUCUACUUUGUCGAGGUUUCAUCAGAGACAGAUCCCCUAGUGUAUAUAGCUGUGCCUAGAAGUCAACCUAGAUCUAUUAUACAACAUGGAAUGUUAGAUACAAUGGUAACAAUAUCUUCAGAGGGAAUCCUGGGAACACAUGGCUGGUUGCCGUAUGAUAAAUCUAUCACAAAUUAUUUCACCUUCGAUAAAGAUCCAUCUGUAUCAAAUCUGAAAACAAGAAAGAAGUUCAACAGUCCGUUUGCACCGGGUAUGGAAGUAGAUGCCAAAUUAUUUGUCGUUACCCAUGAUUCCAAGCUGCUGAUUAGUGCUGGUCACUGGGACAACAGCUUACAGGUGUAUCAUAUUGGUAAAGGACGUAGAAUCAGUCAUAUAUGCAGGCAUAUAGAUAUUGUAACAUGUCUUGCAUUAGAUUACUGUGGCAGCCAUCUCAUCACUGGAUCAAGGGACACAACUUGCAUGAUCUGGCAAGUACAACAACAGGGUGGAGUAUGUGUAAAUCUCUUGAACAAACCUCUACAGACCUUAUAUGGCCAUGAUGAUGAAGUGACAGCAGUUCAUAUCUCAUCUGAACUUGAUUUAGCUGUGUCUGCAAGUAAGGAUGGUACAGUUAUGGUACACACUGUAAGGAAGGGUCAUUAUAUGAGAACUCUCAGACCGUCCCAAACACCCGGCUUUAAUCUAGAUAUACCAAUGCUCUCUGUAGAUGAUAUGGGACAAAUUAUCAUAUAUUGUCAUGAAACUUUACCCAUUGAUCCAAAGGUUGUGACCUCCUUACAUUUAUAUUCAAUCAACGGAAAACACAUCUGUACACAGACAGUCCAAAGCCAUCUUGGUCACAUGAUCGUCAAGGGAGAUUACUUGAUAACAGGUGAUAUGGAUGGAAAUGUUAUCGUGUAUGAGAUUUUUGGUUUGAAGCAGCUGACCUCAAUACCUCUAAUAGUGCCUAUACACAGUGUUGCCUUGACUAACGGUAACAGUCACCUGUUGGCCGGACUCAAGGACGGAAAACUUAUAAUCAUAGGAAUAAAGUCUCAGCCGGAAGUCAGAUCAUCCUUAGGAGGUUUAUAGAAUGUUAACUGAAGGUUUUAUGACAUUUGGGAGAUUAAAGUACAUGUAAAUGUUCACUGGAGAUCAGAUAAUUUUUGGGAGAUUUAUAAAAUGUUAACCGCAGAUCUUUUGACUUUUGGGAGAUUUAGUACAUGCAAACGUUCAUGGAAGUUGAGAUAAGUGUUUUGGAGAUUUAUAAAAUCACAACUGAAUGUCAGAUUUUUUUAGGGAGAUUAAAAAAAAGAUAAUUUGAAACAUGAACUUCUUUUGUGUGAUUGAAAAUAGUUUAGUGGAGAAUUAAACGACUUUCGGGAGAUUAUUAAAAUUAAGAAUUGGUGAUUACAUGAUCUUUCAAAGAAAAUUUAACUUUUACCUAAAGAACAUGAUUUUUUGGAGAUAAAUGAUAUUUCAUUUGUUAAACAGAUUAUUUAUAGGAAUGAAUGAAAUCUCAAACCAAGUUUGGAUUGAUUGUAUGUAUGUAUUAUGUAUUCUAGGCUUAAUAAGGGACCAUCCGCCCUUUCAGGCACUGAGAGUACAUUUGGAUUAAUAAGUGUGAUAUUUAUAAUAUGAAGUGAAGAACACAGAUGCCUUUAGAGACACUAAUAAAAUCUUCCCUACAGUUCUGAUUAUCUCUAGUAGUAAGAUGAAUGAAAUGAAACUUUGAUUACAGAUGAUUAAUAGCGAGGAAUGGAAUCUCAAUUUGUGACCAGUGGAAUAAAAAUCUCAACAUAAAAACUUUGUAUUUGGAAAUAUGAAUAAAAGCCUUACAAACUUCUCGAAAUAUGAAUAAAAUUCUUAUAAUAGUUCAGAUUAUCUUUAAAGAUAGUACAGUUUCUUUAAAGAUAUCUGUACUACAGCUCAGCUUGAUCAGAAAGAUGUCUCUAGUACAGUUUAUAUUGUCUAAAGAAAUAUUAUUUCUUAAUACAGUUUUACAGUUCAGAUUUCAUAAGUUAUCAGAAUUACAGUUCAGAUUGAAAAGGAAGAUAUUUGUAUAAUAGUACAGUUCAGAUUGUAAAUGAAGGUAUUUCAAGUGCAAUUCAGAUUGUCUUUGAUUUCUUCAACAGUUCAGAUUGUUAUGUGAGAUAUCUACAGCACAGAUUGUGUAGAGAGAUAUUGACAGUUCUGAUGCCAAAAAUA